AUGUUUGACUGUUCUUUUCCCUAUCAAGAUCCCAUUUCACCAACAGGCACUUUGCUCACAUAUGUAAUCCGUGAGCAUCAAAAUCCGGACGACAAUCCAACAGCUGAUCCUAGUUUCCUUAUGCCAUCUGUGGAAGAUGAGGCAAUUCGUCGGAGCUUGCAUCGAGAGGACCAGUUUGUCGCUAAUAACAAAGCUGUGUGGAAUAUGUUAUACUCAGUAUACCAUGGCACCGAUGCUUGGCCUGUUAUAAAGGGAUACAAGACUACAGAAAAUGGAAGGCAAGCGUAUCUUGAUCUGGUUGCCCACUAUCAGGGUGAGGGUCAACUCAAUAAGAGGCGCGACUCUGCCUACCGCAUCUUGAAUACGACCCACUACAAUGGAAAGAAGAAUUUUAGUUUUGAAAAAUUUGCGGCAUGGGUUCUUGGUGCCUUUGAAGAUUUGAAAUAA